UGUUCAGUGCGUGUUAGUUCAGCCCGAGUCUUCGAGGCGUCAAGUCACCGCUUAUCUAGUUAAUGUGAAGUGGCUUCUUUGUUCUUUUUUUCUGUGCCGAAAUUAUUGAUUGGAAAAGAUAGCAGUCUGGAUACCUCGCGAGGGCAGACGUUUACUACGCGCUCGCCAUGGGGGAAGCAAGCCUUCGAUUCCGUUUGAAGGAAAUGAAUUUGCUUUUUGCUGUUCUGCUGUGCUGGUGCUGCCUUGGCUGCUGCAGUGGUGAUGAUGGAUGUAUCGUGUUUGAAACAAGCAUCAAGAGAGCUAUCAUAACAGAGGGAAUCCCGGGUACCAUUUACUUGUUGCGCGAGGGAGAACUCGAAAGAGUAUUCCUGAGGAUGUUUAUGGAGAAAAGCGGCGUUGGGCGUGAGGUCAAGUCGAUAACUCUGCAACAGGAAGAUCUGCCGCUGAACGAACGCUUUCAAGAUAUCAUAAUUUCAACUGAUUCCGAAGGCUACCCAAGGAUGUCCCUUCCUAACAUCACCGAGAUGACCUUCGGCUGUUGCCAGAACUUCGAGAUCGAGAAACUGGAGGUGCAGUCGGAGGGCGGUGGCGUCUGGCUCUUCUACAGGUGUCCAGAGAUCAUGACCAAAGAGAGGCUUCUAAGGAUUACCCCCUUCAGCUCGGAAGGCAGUGACAGAGGGCCUGGUGCUAAGCGACCACAGCUGCCGUUGAAGUAAACAACCGAGUUCCAAUAACCGUCGCCCCCUGCUUCCAACGCGAACGGUCGGCCCCAGCCCGCCGCGUAUGCGUGGGUGCCGCUUGUGCUUGCGCUCGCCUGCUGUCGGAUCGGCUUCGUGUAAUUGAGAACCAUGGCUUUUGUGGAGGAUCUGAACACAAAUGCAGAAUCCAGAAAAGAAGCAGACAAAGUCGAAAAGGUCAUCAAAACAAGGUAAAGGAUUCAACAUGGCAAUAAAGAAAUCAAGAAAAAAAAAAAAGGAAGGAAAAAAAAUGGAUUUUACUAGAAAAGAUGGUUCCACAACUGGCCGAGAUGGAAUCUGUACUACUCUGAAAGAACCAGAAAUCACAACAUAUACACAUGUACAUACAUGCAGUACAAAUGUACCUAUAUAUAAUGUAUACCUACCUAUAUAUAUAUAUAUAUAUAUAUAUAAUGUAUAUAUAUACAUAUAUAUAUAUAAUAUGUAUAUAUGUCAAAUUCUUAUCAAAGUCUGUUCUUUAUCAACAAGAUCUGAUUCAUCUACUAAGAUUUUCCAAGUCUUAAUUAAUGUAUUUUCUUUUAUAUAAUUUCCAUUUAAUUUAAUUUCAGUAUUAACAAUAUCUGACAAUUUUUUAUAUUCAUAUACAAGUUAUUUAAUUUAGUUUAACUCCAAUGAUUUGUUGAAAGGAUGAGAGGCUGAGUGUACCAAUCAGGGAGCAAUGGGCACAGUAUUCCAUUGGUUAAUUGCUUAGCCCUUACCCCCUUUAUCUUCCCCACAUAUUUGGGGCUUACCAUGGCAAGUAAUUAAGUUUGUGUACCCUUAUUAGGGACAUUGAGGCUUGCCCCUAUAUCAGCUCGCCUCUCUGAAUCUAACUCCUCUGGUUUAUCGUCCUCUGACACUCCUUUGAUCACGGAUCUAAUCACUGUGCGAGUGAGGAUGUGAGUAUGCAUAUUCAUAUAAUUAUGUGUGUAAAUAUAGUUCACUGCGUGCCCUACGAGACACGGUUAUGCAUCUUUUGUACUUCUCUGUAAAAUUAUUUGUCGUUCACUGGACGUAAUAAAUUUAUCAAAUCACAUCAAA